GUAUUCCUGAUCAGCUAGCUGUUUAUAAAAGCACCCAUAGGCCACAGUUGGCGUAACGGAGCGGGUAUCAUCAGAUCACAGACUACAAUUCACGACAGAAAGAUGAUUCACAGAUAUACCACACCAUCAGUACUUUUUCUAGAUUGUGAAACUUCCAGUGGAAUGAUUUAUACUAAUUCUACAAUUCAAUCUCAACAAGUUUGUUUUCAACGACAACCCAAUGAACACUCAGACUGAUACUUAUACGUGUGUAUUAUAGAUUUGGUCAAACACUCUGCUGGAUCCAUAACUUUCGACUUUUGGUCUUAAGCUUAGACGUUCACAAGAUGUCUCUCAGUAAAGAAACCCAACCAGGACUUGUCAAGAAUUUGGCAUGCGCCGGAACAGCCGCGUGCAUUGCUGAUUGCUUGACUUUCCCAUUGGACACUGCCAAGGUCAUUCUGCAGGUACAGGGUGAGAACAUGAGCGUGGUCAGUAGCGGGGCCCCGAGGUACCACGGUGUGUUCGGUACAAUCCGCACGAUUGCGCGUGAGGAAGGGGCUCGGCGGCUGUAUAGUGGUCUUGUUCCAGGGUUACACAGACAGAUGUGUUUCUCUUCCAUAAGACUGGGCGGCUAUGAUGAGGUCAAGAAACAAUACAAAGGACUGAUCUACAAUGACAUCAACAAAAAAGACAACUUGUUCAUCCGCAUAAGUUCUGCUAUUACGACCGGUUCAGUGUGUGUAUGGUUCGCUCAACCCACAGAUGUGGUUAAGGUGCGAAUGCAAGCCCAGAGUAAAGGUGUUCCGAAUAGAUACUCGGGGUGCAUUGAUGCAUACAGGACAAUUGCCAAACAAGAGGGGGUCCGACAUGGGCUAUGGAAGGGUGUGCUACCAAACACGGCCCGAACCAGCAUCAUUAAUGUCGGGGAAAUUGUCACUUACGACAUGUUAAAAACUAACAUUAUAUCAAGGAACCUUCUAUCGGACAGUCUCCCUUGCCAUUUCGUAGCGGCCUUCGGGGCAGGCUUCUGUGCCACAGUAGUUGCUUCCCCUGUCGACGUGAUCAAGACCCGAUUUAUGAACGCAGAGGAGGGACGCUACAAGGGGGCGUUAGAUUGUGCUAUCAAGAUGUUCAAUGAAAACGGCUUCCGCACAUUCUAUAAAGGGUUCACCCCGUCCUUCAUUAGACUUGGAUCUUGGAACGUAGCCACCUUUGUUUGCUAUGAACAAAUCAAACGCCUAGCACUGGAACCUCGUUCUACACUUCGGGUUUCCCCGUUGGCCAAAGCACACUGUGACGUCAACGAAACAAGGGUCCAACACUUCGCUCAAACUGAAUGACGUUAUCCAGGUGAACUUAUCUGACUAAAAUGUAUAUUACUUUUCCAAAUCAUAACUUGAUGGGUUGAGAAAAUGAUUAACAACGUGGGGUGAUAUACUUACAUCAAAGCUUACCUUGGAUUUUGUCCGCCUUUAUAAAGUGCCUGUGAAGUCACUGAUGAAUUCAAUUGUAAUACCAGCAAUAUACUAUUGGUGUUCUAAAAACUUUUUAUCACAUGAAGUGUAGAAAGGUGCAUCAAAUAUAUCUCAAACCGACGACCCUGGUACAACGCAACCUCUUUAUAUCGGAUCAACCAAUGGAAGGAUACCAAAUGAUAGCUAUUUGAUUAUAUACAUGUAUAUCUAUUGAAGUUCGAAGACAUUUGAUAUGGAAAAAUAUUUUGUUUAUCCAGUUUCUGGCAUAACUUAGUAUACUUAGUAUACAUAGAUGUAUAUAUGUGUGUCGUCAUCACACGUGAUGUUAUUGUGAAAUUAUUUUGAACUAUUAUAUACAUAUAAUGGAAUGUUAAUACAUGCUGAAAUUUAACAGAGAUAUAAGGGACUAUAUGUAUAAUAUUGUUCAAAUAAUAUACAAGAUAUGUUAAGCGAUUUUAAAAUUAAUGCAACAUAUGCAUAUAUGUAUUUAGGAUAUUUGAAUCAGUAGAAUUUACAUCAAAUGUAAUAAGUAACAAUUCGUACCAUAACACCAUUUGCUAACGAUAUGGCAUUGCCACUAUAUAACACUACCACAUUCAGAUGGCGUUCAUCUAAGCUAUCAAUGCCAUUAGCCGAUUGUUGACGGCAUCAAUAUUGUUGGGUCAUUAUUGUUACGUUGGACACCACUGACCAACCCUGAACAGAUGGCUGGUAAAUAUAAGUAUUGAACUGCUUUCAGUUGGCAUUCAUGGACAAUAUGAAAGGAGCACAACGGGUAAUUAUUACAUUUGAAUAGAGUACUUAUGCUUUAAUUCAUUUCAGGUUCGUAAUGUCGUUGCGUUGAAUUCUUUGAACAGCAACAUCUGUGUUGUCUCAAUCAGAUAAGUAGCGUCACAGUAGUGAUUACAUGACUAAAUUAUGUUCUAGUGUCGCAACAUGUAUUACAUUAUCAAUAUAUUGCAAUGGGACGACGCAGGGCAAGCGUAAAUUUUUUCUUUGUAAAGAUCAUAACACAGAUUCGCGGAUGAAAUUAUUUCAAUUAUCUCAAAGUCGAGUUUUUUAUCACAAACAUUACACUUGUAAUUAAACAUUUUCUGCUAGAAAUACAUAACCGUAUCAACCUGUUCAGUUUACUUUUUUUUUACAUAUGUACGUAUAUGUGUAUUUACACACGUUUAUAUUUAUACAUAUUCAUGUUCAGGUAUGAGUAUAAAUGUGUGUAUUUGUACAUGUAUGUUGACUACUUUCCAUUCGCAAUAUACAAACUAGAUCAUGCAAAUAUCACCUUUUUUCGUGAAUUGUUUUAUUUAGCGACAUAUUUGACAUUGAUGUUUGGGGAUAUGUACAAGGUUUGUUUUAUGUACUUGGUAACGUUUUAGUGGCCAUUCACAGUUCAGUACUUUCGAAAAAUAAAAUGUCCCUAACAGAGAUCAAUCGGGAAUCGUCGGCACUUUCCGUAAACGAGAUAGCAAAACCUUCUCGUCUACGGAAAGUACCGGCAGUUCCCGAUUGGAAAGAGAUCUAACAAUGUCUGUUCAUUAUUCACUGGUUACAUCCUAUUUAUCAGAUAAUCUCUUUUCAAACUCUCCCUUAAACGGUACAGUUCCGGAAUAUGGUUUUCGGAAAAUAAGAAUUCGGACUGAGGAGGAGAGUCCUAGACGUGAAUAAAUGUGUAUGUUCUACAGGUGAGAUAAAGUAGUGCGCGUGAGUGUUAGCUAGUAUGGGUUUAAUACCAUAUCAAUCAUCCAAUCUUCCAUAGUGCUAGUGUUGUAGCAUCCCUACCCUAUGUUAUCUCGAUCUCCAGUGUCUUUCAGACGGUUGUUUCAAUCACGUAUAUUUGAUAUAUAUCAACUAUAUCAAAUGUAUCAAAAUAUUUUGACUAAAUCUCUCUUGUUUUUAAUUAUAUUAUGGUUCUGUACGUUUGACAAAAGUACGCAAACCAAAGUGGAUUGAAAGCACAUGUAUUUAGUUAUAAGUGACUAUAUGUAAUUGGUUGUAUCACUGAAAUAAACCGCGUUUGUAUCAAAUGCAUAUUGAUGUGUAUUGUAUUAAUGUACGGUUGCAUAAAUGUCUGUGAAGAAUCAAUCUGUGGUUCAGGGAUUCAGCGACCCCCGUUGAUUAUCUCAUUAUUAUAUGAACUUGUUAUCAUCCCGUGGUUAUCUUUAUAAAAACCUGAUGAAUGUA